UCAUAUCAACGAUCUGCAUUACAAUGGUUUCCUCUUUGUCUCGAUGCAGGGGGUGACGAUCAUGGUGGGUGUCGCAUCUUCGGGGAUCGCCGCGGGCUGCGGGUUGCCACUUUCCUGGUCCAAGUGUACGUCGUGCCCCCGCUGCUCACAUUCCAGCCCAAGUUCCAAACCGUGCAAUUCAAUAUGCUCGUUGACGACGUCGCGAAGGAACUCACCAAGGCCGGGGAAGCGAUGGUAGAUCUCAUAGAGGAUGACUUGGAAUGUAGCAUCGCAUCACACACGGCCGCAAUAGUUGCCAGCACACCCUCUACCCUUAAAAUGGUGGCCGAAAAGGUCGGGGCGCUGGGUGGGUCGGCGUGCGCAGCGGCUGCCAACUUAGGAAUAUAUUUCUGGGCUGGCAAGGCCCGGAGGGGCAGACCCGGCCCACGCUGCAAGCUACUCAAUAGAUUUAAGAAACGACGUCGUAGGAUUGACAACUUGCGCCGAGCUGGCGUCGACAUGUUUCUCGUCGGAUGUCCACCAGCACCGCUGGAACCAGAUGUUGAAGGGGCAGCAUCCACGGACUGAGAAGGG